AUGGCGCCUGAAGUGCCAGAACUGGCACCUAAAGCGCCACUUUAUAGAGAGCUGACGCGUGAAGUGCCGGAAUUAGUGCCUGAAGCGUCCUUUUUCAGAGAACUGACACCUGAAGAGCCGAAACCCAAAACAUUUUUUGCUCAUUCAGAAGUUUUCGAGGGGAAAUCAGCUGUGCAUCUUGAAGAUAGGCAAGCAGCCAAUGAGGCUUCUCGUCAUGGCAACGGCGGCGACUUCUUCGACUCCGGCUGUUCUGGGAGGUGCUCGCGUCCCGGCAGUAGGCCCUUUGACUCACCGGAGCCCCUCUUUCCUUCUCUUUCCUACCCUAGCCGCUCGUUUUCCGGGGCCAUUCUUAACCUCUCUGAUGUGCAGAAGAUUUCAGCACUCAAGACAAGAGCCACCUCUUCAGAAGAAACCUCAAGUUCCUUUGAAACUGAGGAGCUGCUUGCAGAUUUGAAGCAGAAGUGGGAUGCUAUUGAAAAUAAAUCCACCGUUUUCGUCUAUGGUGGAGGCGCAAUUGUUGCACUAUGGCUGUCUUCUAUUUUGAUUGGCGCCAUCAACUCUGUUCCUCUGCUACCAAAGAUUUUGGAGUUGGUCGGGCUUGGUUACACUGGAUGGUUUGUGUACCGUUAUCUCUUAUUUAAGUCGAGCAGAAAAGAACUGGCAGAAGACAUAGAAUCUCUGAAGAAGAAGAUUGCAGGAACAGAAUAGAUAGAAAAGCUAGGCAAGCAUCAGAAACUUGUCACAUUUCCUUGUAUAAAUAAAGCAUUUGAGAUUGUGUUAAGUUCUUUUUUUGUGUUAAUUUAUCUUUUUUACUUGUAAUGCCAAUUGAAUACUUCUGUUCUAUAGAUUUUCUGAUGAGAAUAACUUGGGUGCCGUUUAGGUUCGAUUAUUCUGU